CCUCCGACGCCUCUUUCCCGGCAAUUGGAAGCCGCUAACGCUAACAGUAAUCUCACUUCUAUUUUAGGGUACUAAACCCCAAUUCAUUACUCAUUUCCUCAAUUUACAGAUCUAGGCUUCUCGAUCUAAACCCUAAUCUACCUAAAUUCAGUGAUUUCGUCACAAAAGUGCUUGUCAGAGAUUCUAUUUUCUUGAUGUAAUAAAAUUGCUAUUCCUUCGUUGAAAUGGAAGCAGAAGAUACAAUCCAGCUACCCUCUUGCGGAGAUUCCGACAAUGAAAUUCAUGGGGAUGAAGCUGAUAAGAAAGUGGGGAUUCAAGAUGGAGUAAAUUUGGUGCAAAGUAUGGAAGGUGAUGCCGAAAUUGAAGAAGGCCAGCUUAUUUUGAAGACGGCUGAGAUUACUGGGGAGAUAAUUGAAACGACUGAAACCGGCGUUUCGGGUUUUUUAGCUUUACGGUGUGAGAAUGAUGGCCAGAUUGAAGAGGGCCAGCUUGUUUCUGAUGAAAAUGGUGCUGUGGGGGAGGAAAUUGUUACUGAAACUGAACGUAAUUAUGUUAUUAAGCCACCUGAGAACGGUUGCGUGAUCGAACAAAAUUUUUCGAACAGUUGCCCUCAGACAAAUGUUGGUUCUAUAUCUGGUGUUAAGAGAAAGCGGGUGACAUCUGAUGAACAGCAGCCUUCUGUGCAUGUCAAAUAUUCCUGCUUGUCAAGACAAAGUAAACUGAAACUUGAGGAGGUGCUACGGGAGUGGUCAGAGUGGCAUGUGCAAAAGCUUUCUGGAAAUAUAGAUCAAUAUGGAGGAUCAGAAACUGGGGAAGGAACAUACUUUCCAGCUUUAGAUAUUGGCACAGAAAGGACUUCUGUUGUGAGCUUCUGGAUCGAGAAUGAAAUAAGAAAGCCAGACAACGAGGAUUUUAUGCCUGUGGAGGAUUCGUCUGUGCCUCUUUAUGACCGUGGAUUUGCAUUGGGUUCAAUCUCAUCUGAUGGAUUAAGUAACUUGGAAGGGGGACUGGAGCUACUGGAUGCCCCCCGCUGUUUCAAUUGUGGUUCAUACAGCCAUUCUCUCAAGGAAUGUUCAAAGCCUCGGAACAACGCUGCUGUUAAUAACUCUCGCAAGCAGCUCAAGUCCAAGCGUAAUCAGACAGCUGGAAUGCGCAAUCCUGCUAGAUAUUAUCAGGACUCCCCUGGGGGAAAGUACCAGGGAUUAAAACCUGGUGUUCUUAAUGAAGAAACAAGGCGACUUUUGGGUCUUGGGGAGUUUGAUCCACCCCCUUGGCUUAAUAGGAUGAGAGAGAUUGGUUAUCCUCCAGGAUACUUAGAGCUGGAAGAUGAGGAUGUGCCUUCUGGAAUUACCAUCUUUGCUGAUGAAGAAAUUAAAGAGGAUAAAGAGGAGGGUGAAAUUCUAGAAGCAGAAGUAGUUGAAACUCCACAGAAAAAGAGUGUAGAGUUUCCUGGUAUGAAUGCACCAAUCCCAAAUGAUGCUGAUGAAAGAGUUUGGGCAGCUAGACCUUCAAAUUCUGAUCGUCAUAGAAAUGGUGGCGGUUUUCACUCAGAAUCUUAUAAUAGGGGACGUCAUAGAGAGCAUAAUAACCGAGAUUUUAAGGACAAUGACUCUUUUGACUUUGAUAGAGGUCCUUCAAGGUAUACACAGAGGUAUGGUGAUCAUGACUUCAGUCCUCCAUCCCACAGCUCAAGAAAGAAUGUUCCUGCACCUAGAAGUCCUAAUUCUGGAAGAUCUACAGCUGAUAGAGGUAGAAAUGAUAAUCCGGAUUCAGAAGAUCCCUUGGCUAACCGACUAUACAGUUCAUAUUCGUAUAACUCAAGUAGACGCUUUUCAGACCACAACAAUGAUUCAGAUGGAAGCAGAGGCGAUCAACCUGAUUAUUCUUCAAGAGGUAGUAAUCGAGAGGAUAAAUAUCGUCACCGAAGUGGGCGAUGAGCUGCAUUAACUUCAACAAUUAGACAUCUAGACCACAUCACAUCACAAAUUGUAUAAAGUUGUGUCUUUCAGCUUAUUUUGGAUUUGUUGUACCAUCGUUAUGUUUACAUAGCUUUAUUCAAAGAUCCAUAAUGCUCCAAGGUAUCAAUGUAUCAUUCAAAGUUAAUCCAAAAUUUUCAUGGUUGAAUUUGACAUUCAACGCCCA